GUUUGGCUCGCUUUUGGUCGCUUCACUCGCCGGGCGAAUCGGUCAAGAAGAGAGUGGAGAGAAAGAGGUAGAUCCACCGGUUCGGUUCCGAAGAGAAUGGCUCGAAAUUAGAGCGCCCUAAUUAGUGAGAAGCGACAGAGAUCGAUCGCAAGAAUAAAAUCGAAAAAAAGAGAAAUAAACUUUUCUUUCUGAGGGAAAUUUCUCUUAAUUCAGAGAUCAUCAAGCGAGAACCAACAGAGUUCUAGCGAAGCUUUUGAUUGCGCGGAUGGGAAAGGAAGACCAGAGAGAAGACUAUUGCUGCAUUUUGUGUUUUCAGUCAGCAUGAAAGCUAUCACACAUCGAGCGAAGAAAGUCGACAGCGAAGCACCUUUAUAUGCUUCAACAAACAUGUCAAGUAUCAAAAAAGCAUACGUCACAAAAAGUUUGUAAUUUCUCGCUCACGCUAGCAAGCGAAAUCUCUUUAUCUUUCGGCUGCAGGUAUAGAAAAUUCAAUCUCUAAAAAUUUAAUAACGAGCAAAUGACGGAAGAAGGUCUACGUAUCGUUGUCCCGAUCACGGAAACUAUCAAUCAGCGAUAGAUAAGUUACGAAGAAAUUGUGCGACGAGAGCAAAAAGACCUUGCAACUAAAAAAAGAAAAAUCCAUACAGCGAGUACAAGAUAGAUUGGCAGACGAGAGGAGAUGCUAGACAAUUCCUUGCAGUUUGACGAGAACGGUAAACGAGAGGAAGAAGGAGUCGCGUAUAAAAAAAAGGAUAUUAGCAGGAAAAGUUAGUAAGAAAAGUUGAGCAAAUGUAACAGACAAUCCUCUUUUCGUUGAGUACGAUCAGAUAGACGUGGAAUAGGAUUAAAAUAAGAGGCUGCAGCCAAGUGUGCGAGAGAUAAAGAGUGAGAGAAAGAAAAAUCCGGACCAAGAAAAGAAGACCAAGGAGUACUGUGUAAAAACGGCGAACUUUUGCUGCGAAGCAAUUAAAGAAAUAGUACUUGGACGCAACGAGAGCGAUGAUAAGAUAAGAAUGAAGAAAUUCGCGAUCAACUUCGGAAUUAGUGUCCUCUCUUUUUCGUUCUCCGUCCUUUUAGGCCCGCUUAUUGCGGCGAUUUCAGGCAUCUCGCCUGUAAUUGCCGAGAAGAAUGUCCUCAAUACCCCGAUGCAUAGCGUCGAAUUGACGCAAAAGGGUUACAUCCAGUUUCUUAGAUGGGCAUUACCCGUGCCGGAAAUUCACGAGUUUACAUUCUGCCUUUGGAUAAAAUCAACAGAUUUCACAUAUCCACACUCGAUCUUUUCAUAUUCGAGGAACGAGCAGGAACGUUUGAUUCGAUCUUGGAUAUCAUCGCGCGGAAGAAGCAUUCAUCUGGAAAUCGACGGCGUGGAGGUAUUUCGAAGGUCGGUUCGCAUACAAGAGCACCGCUGGUAUCACAUAUGUCAAAGCUGGGAGAACCGGGUCGGUCGUUACGCCCUGUGGCUUGACGGACAUUUGGAGUUGCAAGGUCACCUCGAGGAGAUGAUCGAGCACGUGAUCCCGGGAGGCGGUGAUAUCGUCUUAGGUCAAGAAUAUACCGACUUCGAUAAAGGGCUAGAAGAGGGCAUCGAGGGUGCGGUCUUGGGUUUUAAUCUUCUGCUGGCUUCGGCGUUCAAUUCUCUCGACAACGGCCCUCCAAGAGCCUUCCGAUCAAUCAAUGAAACUACGGAUCAGACUAUGGUUCCCCUCGCGGCAACCCAGAUGAAAAUGGCGAGGCGUGAUUCGAAUUUCAGAGCGACGCGUGCACUCGAUAGACUGGUUUCGAUGCGAUUUGCGCUCAGUCCUAAUUGGUCUCGGAGAAUUCUUCAGCAGAAUUCCUCAACCGUAUCGCCAUUAUCGCAUCGAUUAAAUAUUGCCAAUGGUAUACGAAAAAAGGAGACAUUGCCGAUCCGUAGACAGGCGAUCACUUUUGUCGAUGAUUUGAUCGGAGAAAUCGGUUUAUCCAAAAAACCAUCGGACGAUCCCUUGGGUCUACAGCUAGUAAAAUUGUCUUACGUUCGCUGCCAGCUGGGCAGAGGUAGCCCGCCCAUAGGCGAUUCGUUAAUGUUAAUUUCUUGGAGCAGAACACCCGUAAGAAUGUUCGGCGGUGCUACCAUAAAAAACGUCGGCGAUGAAUGCGGUAAAUUUUAAGGGAUUUUUCCCGAGCACACUCAUAUUGUAUCAAAGUGGAAAGCAUAUAAUUAAAGGAUGCUUUUCAUAACAGAAAAUAUACUUUGCCACAAAAACAUGAGUUUGUCAGAAAAUUUAAAAUUAAAAUUAUGA